UUCAUUCUCAAUCUAAACCACAAACCAAUUCCAUUGAUUUCCCCCCAAAACACAACUUAUAGAAAUGACUGCUUGCAUUCACAGAUGCAGACCACAAGUUCUUGAAUUCGAAUCUAAUCACAGUUACUCCAAUUUCUGCUAUUCUGAUCAGUUUUCCUGCAAACCCAUCUCCAGUUUUGUACACAAACAUCAAGAUGAAGAUGAAGAUGAUGAUCUAUGGCUGAAAAUCAGAGAUGAAGCUCGAUCUGAUAUUGAUCAAGAACCCAUCUUGGCAAACUGUUAUUUCACUGCAAUCUUGUCUCAUUUUUCUAUAGAAAGUGGUCUAGCUGAUCUUCUUUCAUUAAAGUUGAGUUCUGUAAGUCUUGCAAGUGGAACCCUUUAUGAUCUUUUUGUGGGUGUGCUCGCAGAAGAUCAAGAAAUUGUAAGAGCUGUUAAAGAUGAUUUAAGGGCAGUAAAAGAAAGAGACCCAGCUUGUAUUAGUUAUGUACACUGUUUCUUGAACUAUAAAGGGUUUCUUGGUUGCCAAGCUCAUAGAAUAGCACACAAACUAUGGUCGGAAAAUCGGAAAAGUUUGGCAUUUUUGAUCCAAAAUCGGGUUUCGGAGGUGUUUGGAUUGGAUAUACAUCCGGGGGCGAAGAUUGGCCGGGGAUUAAUGCUUGAUCAUGCCACCGGAGUUGUUAUUGGAGAGACUGCGGUGAUCGGAAACAAUGUUUCCAUUCUGCAUAAUGUCACAUUGGGUGGCACCGGAAAGAGUGGGGGCGACCGGCAUCCGAAGAUAGGAGAUGGGGUUUUGAUCGGUGCCGGGAGUAGCAUUUUGGGGAAUCUUAGGAUCGGAGAAGGGGCGAAAAUCGGAGCGGGAUCGGUGGUGUUGAAGGAUGUUCCUGCUAGAACUACUGCUGUUGGAAACCCUGCUAAGUUAAUUGGAGGGAAAGAGAAUCCAGUUAAAGUUGAUAAGAUUCCUAGUUUAACUAUGGAUCAUGUUCAAUAUGUAAAUGGGUGGUCUAAUUAUGUCAUUUAGGGAGGAAAAAGGUUGUAAAGUUUACUUUUUUUCGCUCAGUAUCGGAUGUUUGAACGAAACCAAACAAACCCAGUAUAUCCCAUUCAUGGCGUCGAGUGCGUCUGGAAUCCAAGUGAGAGUUAGCUCUCUCCUGGUGUAAUGUAGCUAAUAGUUGAACCAAGAAUGUUGGUGUAGAUUAUGAUGAAUAAAGGUCUUUGUUCUGUUGGGGUUCCUUUAAAAUGCUUAAAAUUGACCU